ACUAUUGCAAGAAUAUGAGACUCUAUUAAGAUUAAUUAAGCCGGAGCAGAAGUUAUUAGUCUGUCUACAAACCCGUGUACCUCUGUCUAUGCAGCAUGAAAGAACAUGAACGCUGUACUGCUAUUUACAUGGCUGGGCUUGGUGGCCAGUGUUCUUGUUGCGAGAGUUUGGUCUGGUUCAGUGUUGGAAUGUCCAUCAACAGUUCCCUGCAACUGCUCAGUGACCGUCGACGAAAUGACUCUUGACUUUCUUCUCAUGGUCAACUGCUCUUCCCGUGGCCUGUCUAAAUUCCCAGAACUGAAGUUUCAUGACAAGUCGAAAGUAAGACUAAUAGAUCUUCGAAAUAACUCGCUUGGUGCGAUUCCACCGAAUGCUUUUCCCAAUAUAAAAAUUGAAGUUCUUGACUUUAGUUACAGUGAAAAUUUGACCAUUCAUAAAGAUGCAUUACAACCCAUCCGAGAUUAUUUACAGAAAAUCAUUUUGGUCGAGAUGGGCAUUAAUUUUCAAGAACAGUUGUAUUUCUUACAUGAUAUGAUACAGCUUCGUGAAAUAGUUUUAGAUAAAAAUGGCGGCUGGUUAAUCCCAUUUCCUGGUGCUUAUUUCCGUGGAUUAAGACUUCUUUCUUUGAACAAGUUAAGUCUCAAGUCGUGUGGUAUUUUUCGCAUCUCCUGGGGAGCCUUUGUAGAAUUGGAUCAAUUACAAGAACUGGAUCUUUCUAAGAAUUUUCUCACUAAAAUACCAUCGGAGAUUUCUCGCUUGAGGAAAUUAAGAAAACUCGUAUUGAAUUCGAAUCAGAUCAACACUAUCCCGGAAAAUACAUUCCAAAACCUGAAAGAUCUCCGUGAGUUGUAUUUAGUAUCGAAUCAGUUACUGUCAACAACAUCCAUUCACAAAGACUCGUUUGGAGGACUGGCUAACUCACUUCGCUUGAUAGACUUCAGUAAUAACGAUAUGCCAGCAGUCCCUAUCCACGGUCUAAAAUAUAUGGAUUCUUUGGAGACCCUUAUCCUGAGCGACAAUCGAAUUUCUUACCUGGCCAAUGACUCCUUUAAUGGUACCUUCAGACUAAAAUCUUUGGACAUCAGUGGGAACCGAAUUGAAAUUGAAGAGGACAUGUUUACCGGACUAGAAGACAGCCUGGUCACACUGUACAUGAAAAACACCAGACUAGAUCACAUGCCUGUUAAAGCUUUGAAACAUUUACAUAAAUUAACCUUUAUUGAUGUUUCGUACAACAAUUUCCAAGACAUCGAUGGAAAUUUUUUCCGUGGUCUUAAAGCCAGGAACAUCGUCAUGCGCUCUAUGAGAAUACGUGAUAUAACCCCUCAAGCCUUCACACCCCUCAAGCGGCCAAUUGUCCUCGAUAUUGCCGGUAAUAAAGUGAAUGAUGUUACCUUUGUAGUCCAGGCACCGCAAUGUACGUUUUACGAAUUGAACCUCAGCGAAAAUCCUAUUGACUGUUCUUGCAAGGUGGAAAGAAUCAUUAACAGCGGCUCGGUGGAGCGCCUGAAUGGCUCGUGUUACACACCCGUGCACUACCACGGUUACAAGCUGAACGAGUCCUUUGGUCUCACUCUUAAAAAAACUUGCGGUUCAACUGAACGUAUUUUCUGUGACUGGCAAGAUGAAAGCAAAGCUAGUAGAGGUAUGAUGUCUCGGGCAAUAUUAAAUUGUCUCCUUCCUUUGUCUGUGAUUCUAGCCAUUAUUACUGACUCGUAAUAACUAUAGAAUAACUUUCAAAACAAUAAAAGUGAAUAAAUUACCAA